AUGUCAAAAACAAUGCUAUGGAUAGGCUUCAGCCUGGAAGAUAUUGAGCCGAUACCAGCAGUCCUAACUACUUUUACAAUCGCUUUUAUCACACUUGUGGUAUAUUUGUCGUACACACCUAAAGUCGUUGGCGCGCCAGAAUUUAUAACUGAUACUGUGCCUUUUAUUGGCUCAUGGAGCUUUUUCACCAAGAAGAUGAGCUUCUGGAGAGGCGCUGUGGCCAAAUCAAAGACGGGUACAUUUAGUUUUUGGCUUGGCCAGAACCACGUUAUCGGCUUGUCUGGCGAAGCAGCGCGAAAGAUGUAUCUCGAAGACCGACGGCUCCAUCUCAUCAAAGGAAUCGCCGUUAUUGGUCACGGGCCAGACUUUAUCAACGGACGCUCAACAGUGAUCCACGAGAUUUGGAAGGGUACCGGCCCUAGUGGACGAACAUAUGCGCAACGACGGCUUCUUGAGCUGCAGAGGUCGGACCUGCUUGCCAAGCGUCUGCCUAAAGUUACAAGAGACGCCCGCACAGCAUUUGAGGCUAUGAAGAUGAAUGAAUCCUCCGUCAUCAAUCCAUCAAAGACUUGCUUUCGUAUCGUAAUCAUCCAAGGAAGCCGUAUCGUUGCCACUGACGAGAUUGCCGACAACCCUGAACUGCUUCAUUCUCUUUUCUUGUAUACUCAGAUUCUCCAGUUCACCAAUACUUUACAUCUUCUUGCAUUUCCGGGUCUAUCUUAUCUUAGCCCUGGUUACUGGAAACGUCGUUAUGGCCGUCGAGGGCUACAGAAGAUUGUGGAACCCAUCGUAAAUAGACGCAUGGCUAAGGGCGCUGCCGGUGGCGAUGAUGCGUUGAAGUAUUUGAUCGAUGCUGGAGAUAGCCAGGAUUACAUCAGCACGUUCUUGGACUGGCAGGGUAAAAUCUACAAUGAGAUCAAGAGCUCGGCAGCCAUUUAUGCGACUGAUAAGACCAGGAAGCUGCCUCUUGUUGAUCAGCUUGAUCAACUUCCGAUUGAAGCCUGGGAAAAAAUGUCUGAAUCGCUUGAACUUUGCUACAAAGAGGCUAUUCGCAUGUGUGUUGCUUUUCCCAUGGGCCGCUUCAACGACACACCCGAUGCUAUUUCCAUUCCUGGAAGCAAUCAAGUUAUUCCUCCGGGUAGCUUCACCUGCUAUAAUACUAUAGACGCGCAUUACAAUGAGAAGCUGUACCCCAAUGCUAUGAAAUGGGACGCCGAGCGUUGGAGCGAGGGCCGGAUGGAAUCUGACCAGGAAGCUUACGGCUUCAUGGGUUGGGGCGCAGGUCGUCACCCUUGCGUCGGGAUGCGAUGGGCUAAGCUCCAGCAGAACAUCAUCAUAGCAUAUGCCGUAGCGCUGUACAAGUGGACUGGUUGCGAUGAAAAUGGAAUCCCGACUGCUGUGUUCAAGCAACCAACUCAUGGGCUGGAUCAUCUCGCACCCAAGUUGCCACAGGGAACACACUGCAGAUUUGCUCCGAGGGGAGAAUAG